UUCUUGACGUAUGGACCUCAAGACUCUUUGAAACGUGCCCGGGAAGCUGACGAAGACGAGGCCAAUUGGAAGGCCUUCUCGAAACGGGGUUGGCGCAGAAAGCGUCGCGCCAAACGCAAACGAAUUUUGAAUGAUCGCUCAAAGCCAAAGAGAUUGAAGCAUCAAACCCUAACCCAGAUGGUUGGAUCUUCGAAAGCAGCCGAAGAUGUCGUUGUGGUUGCAGAAAAGUCGAGCGAACCAGUUGUUGUCGAGGCUGCAGAAGAGAAGGAAGAUGAGUUUGAAGAAGAGUUCCCAGACGUGAAUCAAUUGAUUCCCGUGGUCGAACCGAUGGUCAAUGCGCAUGAUCCGUUUUCUAUUGAACGAAUCAUGUAUGAUUUGCAUCCGAUUGCCAUCGUUCUCUACGACGUUGAUAUCACGUUCAUUCGGAAAAUUGAGGUUUACAAAGCGAGGAACCCGGAGCGACCCCUUCGUGUUUACCUGAUGGUAUUCGCGGGGACGUUUGAAGAACAAGCUUAUUUGACGAGUAUUAGGAAGGAAAAGGAAGCUUUCAAGCAUCUCGCUCAAGAAAAAUCGACGAUGGUGAUACCUGAAGAUGCAGAGGGUCGAGGAGAGGAUCAUCCAGACUUGGCGAGAGACCCAACGAAAGCCAGUGACCAAGCAAUUGCCAAUCUCGUAGGUCCGAGUUCUCGCAAAGGCGGUCUUCUUGACAAUCAGCCGAAACCCGGAGAACAAAUGAUUAUUGUGGAUAUGAGAGAAUUCCGUUCCGAAUUGCCGUCUCUUAUCCAUCGUCGCGGAAUCGAUAUUUAUCCCGUUACCAUCGAGGUUGGAGAUUAUAUUCUAACGCCGGAUAUUUGCGUGGAAAGGAAAAGUAUCAGCGAUCUUAUACAAAGUUUGGUUUCUGGGCGAUUGUAUAAUCAGGCGCAGGCUAUGACCAGAACUUAUGCCCGGCCCAUGUUGCUGAUUGAGUUUGAUCACAAUAAGCCAUUCACCUUGAAUCAUGGUCGAUAUUACUUUUCGAGUGAUGCCAAAUCGACGGACGUGACGGCACGUUUGCAAUUGCUAACGCUGCAUUUUCCGAAGCUGAAGAUCAUUUGGUCUCCGGGUCCGUAUGCGACUGCUGAACUGUUUCAUAAACUGAAGGAAGGAAAACUCCAGCCUAAUGUUGAAAGUGCGAUUGGUUUAACGGCGGAGGAAAACGUUGCGAUCAAUGAUUCUUUCAACCCUCUGCUCAUGGAUUUCUUGGGUAAAUUGCCCGGAUUGAACACGAGGAACCUGAAGAUUUUCAUGCGGAGAGUGCGAGACAUGGAUCACCUCCUGGGCAUGUCCGAGAUUGAACUGGCGAAAGCGCUGGAAAGUGGUGCAAACGCGAAGCUGUUGUACGAAGCGCUCCACGGAGUCGUUGCGCAGACGGACCUUCCACAGGAUACCAAAAAAAUUGCUGCAGGGAAAAAUUCGAGAUUCAAGGCCUUGGGAGCCAGGAAACAACGUGGGAAGUGACGAGAGAAAAGUGUGCAAAAUCUAGUAAAAUAAAAUUUAAUUCAAGAGUGCUGGGUGGUGAUUCGCCUGGAAUUUUUCUGCCGAGUGAGUGACGUGUGUGUAUUGAAAACCCUGUUCGCCGACGUUGUGAAAUGGGUCAGUCAACAGCACCGAAACUGUCUGAAACGUC